AUGAUCAACGUUGAAGCGGCGGGACGUCGAGGUGGUGGCAGAGGCGGCAGUGCCUGCGGGAAGACACCAAUAGGGGCUGCAGCGGCAAGCCUGAGCCCGUGCUUGAGCGCUGCUCGGAACGCCAGGGCAGCUGUGCCGCCGGCGUGCUGCUCCAAAGUCGGCGGGCUGAUCAAGGCGGCUCCCAAGUGCCUUUGCGCCGUGCUGCUGUCCCCCUUGGCCAAGCAGGCUGGAAUCAAUCCUGGGGUCGCCAUCACCAUCCCCAAACGCUGCAACAUUCGCAACCGCCCUGCUGGGAAGAAGUGUGGAGGCUUCACCCUUCCAUGAGCUUAGCACAGCUGGGUUCCGGGGGCUGCCUUGUGUGGGAAGUAAUCGCAGUUCCAUUAUUUCAGAACUGCCGGCAGGCAUUGCUAGUUGCUUGCUGUAGAAGGAAAAAGAGUGUCAAAUAAAGGGUUGCCCUUGUAUUAUGAGCCAAUGUUUAGUAUUUAUUUCCCUAUUUUCUGAGUUAUCUUAUCCACCAUCUGCCUGUUAAACCAAUCUUUGGUCUCUGUAUCUCCUCAGUUAUGUCAGCUAAUAAUGAUGAUCUUCGCUAAUCUCUGACAACAUCACAGAAAAAUCUUCCAUUUAUAUCAUCACAGGCGCCACUAUACAACCAUUUAUGUACAGUACACACUAUAAGAUGCUAGCUACUGAGCUACAACAGGGAUUCUGAAGUGAAAAGGAUACUAAAUCAAAAGGGUAUACCCUACUCAAGUAGCUUGAAAGCUCUCCUUCAACCAUUUUGACUGCGACUCGAGCCCAGUGUCUCUCAAUGCAUUCAAAGCCGUUGCAUAAAGCCUCGCAUCCAAUCCCGUCCCAACUGACUCCAUUUCUCUCAACAGCUUCACCAUCUCCUCUAUCAAACUCAUCUUUGAGAAUACCCCCACCAUUAUCCCUCCCAUCUUCCUAUCCACACCAUCGCCAUUCAUCACCUUCCUGUACUCUUCGAAAAACUCAACACACUUGUCGAAGUCCUUUGCCUUGUUGUAUGCGCUCACGAGGCUAGUAUAACUGACCUUGUCGGGACCUACUCCCCUCCUCUUGAUCUCGCUCCAUAUCUUCUCCACCUGCUUCACAUUCAUCGCCCUACCGUGCAUCUCAAGCAAGCAAUUGUACACCCAUAUGUUGGGCUUGCACUUCCUCUCCUUCAUUUCCCCCAACAGCCGCAUUGCAUCCGUAACUCUACCCAUCUUCCCGUACAUCGCGAUCACGGUGGAGUACGCCACAAGGCACCUGUCGAAACCCUUCUCGCGCAUCUCUGCAAACACCUUCUCUGCUGUGCGAUAGUUUGCCACACGGUAGUAUGCAUUGAUCGCUGAUGCAUAGGUCACCUGUCCUGGCUCAUGCCCUUUGGUUAUCAUCUCCUCGUACACUUUGAUUGCAGCAGAAAAGCCUCUCCUUUUGGCGAAACCGUUCAGUACCGUACAGAACACACAAUCGGUAACCUUGACGUUUGCAUCGUGGCUCAUGGCACUGACAACAUCGAGAGUCUUUUCCACCUGACCUCGCUCGAUAUACAUCGAGAUGAGCUUCGAGAAUGCCUCUGGGUCUUGCAAUGCGUUCUUCUCUAUCGCUUCGUGAAAUAGCUCUUCCGCUUCUCGAGCUUGAUUGGAGUCAGCAAAUGACCAGAUUAACGAUGAGUAGAUUUUGGGAUCCUCGACAAGCAAACCAUCUUCCUUGUUAUUCCUUCUCAAGUAACCGAGAGCUUCAGAAGCUCUACCUGAUUUGGCUAGUGAUUCAGUCAAUACUCUGUACAUUUUGGUCACAACUUCUAGUUUUGGGUCAAGCUCUUCAGAUUCAAACUCGUCAAACAGGGCAACUACGUUUUCUGCAUUGCCCAAUUUCUGGUGUGCCUUCAUUGCCUGGUAAUAGCAGCCAGAACUCAAACCGAUUUCAGAAGAUUUCAUUUUACCAUGCAAUCGAAUCACACUGCCGUACAUAUGCAACUUGUUGUAACCUUUCAUAGCGGAAUUGAAAGCUAAAACAGAGACUUUAGGGUGGGAUUGGAAAAUCACGAGGAAUCGGUCAGAAAUUCUGAAUUUCCUAGCUCGGAUGCAAUUCUCGACCAAUGUAGAGCAAGUGUAAGCGUCGGGGAGAGUAUCGUACCUCCUGAAAUCGUCUAAAAGCAACAGAAGCAAACGAUCCCAGUUCUUGGUUCGAACCAGAUACUUCACCAGAAGCUUUACGACGGACUUCUCUGGCUUGAACUGUGGGUUUUCCUUGGCUUUCCUGUAGUGGUCACAAGCCAAGGCUUCGGUUCUGGGAUCGUGAAGCAACCCACGAAGGAAUGCGUUGAGAUUCUCUGCAUCUGAAGCCGGGUAGGGCUGCUGCUGGAGGUUGUAGUCUCUUUGAAGCCGGAAGUGGUUGCCACGGAAAUUUGGGGGUGCUUCUUCUUUCUCUUCUGCUGCCAGAACUGGAGCAGAUGGGAAGCAGGAAGAUUUGAUAUGGAAGUUGGAGUUUGGGCGGAAAGAGAAGCUGUUGCGCUUGGUGCAUGGUGGGAAGCUUUUGGGUUUGGUGGAGCACGUGAUGUGCGAAGGUGAAGAUGAAGAAGAAGCUACCAGUGACCAGUCAGGAGAACAGGGGAUCGCCAUUGAAAAGGGGACUCAAGGUUGAUGGGGAGAGAUGAUUUGAGAAGAACCAGAAGAAAGAGCGAAGAAUAAAGAGGAAUGGAAUGGCGGGGAAAUUGGGUGGGCGUGGGGAAUUCUGAAUCAUGAGUUGUUGUUAGCUUUGAUUCUUAGUUUCUGGGUUUGAAGUUUUCUGGACAGUGACAGAGUCAAUAGGGAGGGAGUGGGGUUGGGGAUUAAGUGGUGGAGAAAGCUUGGAGGGAGCAGAAAUCCUUGAUGGAAAUGGAUUUUAGGGCAGGCUAGUGGAUUCUGUGAACCACUCAGACAGUGGCACGUGGAUAGUUGGGAGACAUAGGGAGACAUUCUGCCAUCAAUUGUGCCACGUCUGCCAAUUCCAAAUAUAUAUAGUCAAAAUUGACAAACCAUUUUAACCAUGCACUCAAAAUAG